AGGUUAGUUUCCCUAUCACGUAUGGGUUUUCUUUUGACCUUGUUUUGGUUUCAACCGGUCCAGUUGGCGGCGGCAAAACACCCCUUUGGGUUGUAAGUCAGCCAAAAAAAAGACACAGAAGAAGGAAGGCAACAGAUAUUUGUGAAGGGGCUUUUCAUAUACUUUUAAAACGGGGAUAUAGCUUAAGAAAACGGUUGUAGUUUAAUUAGCAAAGAUGUAUAGACCUAAUUUGAUGUUUUUUGUUUUAUAUUUUUCACUAGAAUGUAUUUGCCGGAGCCAAAGCGACAUCUACUCCCUGAAUUACAUCUACACUUCACUCUCAAAGCCACUAGAAUUGCCUGGAAUCCAUGAGUUCACUGCCAUGGGUCUGAUGAACAACCAACAGAUCGAUUACUAUGACAGUGUGGCAAAGAAGAAGAUUCCCAAACAGGCCUGGAUGAGGGAGAAGCUGCCAGCAGACUACUGGGAUAAAGGCACUCAGUCACGCAAGAGCAAGGAGCAGUGGUUCAAAGUUAAUGUCGAUAUCUUGAUGAAGCGCAUGAUGCAUAACAGCACUGAUGUGCAUAUCCUUCAGUGGAAACAUGGCUGUGAGAUUGACCAACAGAGUGACGGCACAUUGAAAUUCAUAAAGGGCACAGACCAGUACAGCUACGAUGGUGAUGACUUCCUGGCCUUUGAUGAUGCCAAUAUGCAGUGGGUGGCCCCAGUUGUUCAAGCUCAGCCGACUAAGAGGAAGUGGGACGGGGUCCAGAUCCUCAACCAGUACACCAAGGGCUACCUGGAGAAGGAGUGUGUGGACUGGCUUUCCAAAUUCAUGAAAUAUGAGGACAAAGAAUUCAGUAGGGCUGAUUCCCCUCCAAGGGUCUAUGAAUUUGCUAAAAAGGCCAAAACUGCAGGACAUGUAAGACUGACCUGCAUGGCCACAGGUUUCUAUCCCAAAGAUGUGAUUAUGCAAAUUAAGAAGAAUGGUGUUCCAUUGACCGAACGUGAUGGAGUGCAGUCUACAGGAGUCCUACCCAAUGAUGAUGACACCUACCAGAUCAGGAUGAGUGUGCAGAUCCCAGAGGCAGAUAAGGAAACUUAUGAAUGUUAUGUCGACCAUAGAACUUUGAAGAAGCCAAUUGUGGUAAAAUGGGAUGGAGAAUGUUGUGAUUGCAGUAGUGGCACUGCUGUAGUCAUUGGGGCAGUCAUCGCCAUUAUUGUAGUUCUGAUCUUGAUUUCGGUGGUCCUGUUUGUUCUGCACAAAAGCGGGACAAUUGUGUUUCCUGGCUUGAAAACUACAGCUACUGGCAAUGGAGUGGCAUUUUCUGGAGUGAACACUUUAGAAUAUGCUAAUUUAAUUUCACCUUUAUUGUAACCAGGUGGAUAGAUGACCAUUGGUGGCCAAACUGCCGGACCACGAAGGAAUGUUAAUUCAUUUCACAAUUUUAUUGGAUGGCUAUUGAUAACACUGUUCAGUUUCAAUCUUAUAAACUAGUGAUGGAAAUUAUAGUUACUUUGAUUCAAUGUGCUAAAAACUGCUGCAUUUAAUGGUUUUUGCUGUUCUUAAGUAAGUACUUGCUUCCAAAUAAAGUCUCAUAAGUGGGGUGGUUAGGCA